AUGCUUCCUCUCGGCCUCCUCACCGCGGCGCAAGGCCACCCAAUGCUCGUCGAGCUCAAGACCGGCGAGACGCUCAACGGUCAUCUCGUCAGCUGCGAUACGUACAUGAACAUCAUGCUGAAAGAGGUUGUGCAAACAUCGCCGGACGGAGACAAGUUCUUUCGGUUACCAGAGUGCUAUGUGCGCGGGAACAACAUCAAAUACCUGAGAGUGCCGGACGAAGUCGUGGAUGCAGUCAAGGAUCAACAGGCGGCGCAACAAAGUCAACGUGGUGGACGAGGAGGUGGUGGUAUGGGAGGACGAGGCGAUCAUGGUGGACGUGGUGAUAGAGGCGGAAGGGGAGGAGCGCGCGGUGGGCGUGGCGGUAGAGGGAGGGGGAGGGGUAGCUGA